AUGGUCUACAUUGCCGAAGCGCAUGCCAUGGAUGAGUGGCCCGUCACGUCGGGACGGUUCAACAAAACGGGUCCCGUCCUAAUUGAGAAACAACCCACGUUGGCGGCCGAACGAUGCCAGUUGGCACGACAAUUUGCAAAGCAUUUUGACAUGAUGGAUGCGACAAACAAGACUGUCGUGGAACUAUUGGUCGAUGAUCCCGAGCAGGGAGAUCCGUUUGAAACGGCAUAUGCACCCUGGCCGCUUCGGUUGUACCUCGUGGACGCCCACGGCAAGCUGGAAUGGAUUGCGCAGCCCAAGGACUGUUCCUACGAAGAAGCUGUGGUGCAACUUUUGGGGCUGUUGGGAUCAAAUUAG